AUGUCUGGCUCCGGGUAUGACGCCGUGGUCGACGUGGACGACGAGGGUGACCUCGGCCACACGGACCUGCAAGAAGACGGCCUCGAAUUCCACAACUCGACGUUCCAAGAGGGCACGCGCGGCGGGCGCAAGGGCGGCGGCGGCGGCGGCGGCGGCUCCUCCUCGGCGGGCCUACCACCCCCCGUAACGGCAUCGUCGUCGCAGAAGCGCUUCCUCUGGUCCAUGUCCUUCUACGCCCAGUUCUUCGACGUGGACACGUCGGCGGUGAUGUCACGCUGCUGGGCCGCGCUCUUCCCGCGCGCCAACUUCCUCGACGUCCUCGACGGCAACCCUGACCUGUACGGGCCGUUCUGGAUCGCCACCACCGUGGUGCUCAUCCUGUUCCUCGGCGGCAGCAUCAGCCAGUGGCUGGCCACGCGCGGCACCGUCCCCUUUGCCUACGACUUUCGCCUGCUCAGCGGCGCCGCCGGUCUCGUCUAUGGUUACACCCUCUUCAUCCCCAUCGCCCUCUUCCUCGCGCUGCGCUACUUUGGCAGCGACUCGGCCAACCUGCUCGAGUGCUGGGCCCUCUACGGCUACUCUAACCUAAUCUGGGUCCCCGUCGCCUGCAUCAGCUGGUCGCCGCUCUCGAUCCUCAACUGGACUUUUGUCGCCGUCGGCUUCGGCGUCUCCGGCGCCUUCCUGCUGCGCAACCUGUACCCGGUCCUCAGCGCCACCGACCGCCAGACGAGCAAGGUCCUGCUCGUCGUCGUCGUCGCCCUCCACUUUGGCCUCGCCCUCGCCAUCAAGAUCCUCUUCUUCGCGCAUGGCAGCCCCGUCGCCAAGAAGCCGGCCGAGGGAGGCGGCGAGGAUGCGGGCGGUGGUGCAAAGUUCCUGAUGUUUUAG